AUGGCCGAGCUCAUGGCCGGCUGGUCUAAUACCCCGAACCCAGCUUUUGUCGACCUCUAUGAUAAAUGGGGCAACGUACAAGUCGACAUCAACCACCUGGGCACCCCCUUUGACCCGGCCCUGCCCGGCCCCUACAGCGGCAAAGAGUCCAACCCCGAGCUCGUCGCCCUCUGGACGCAAUACGCCGCUGCCUGCCAGCAGCACGGGCCCCCGGCCAUCGUGCAGAUCUGCCACCCGGGCCGGCAGUCCGUCCGCGCCGCUGGCAAACGCGGCCUGUUCGCGCCUACUAUAGCGCCCAGCGCCAUCCCGCUGGCUAUGGGCGACGGCUGGCUCGAUCGCCUUGUUAACAGGAUCGUGUUCCCCGCGCCGCGCGAGAUGACCCAGGCCGAUAUCGACGCCGUUACGGCGCGGUUUGUCGACACCGCGCGGUUGAUGGCGGAUACUGGUUUUGCUGGGGUGCGGUUGCACGGCGCGCAUGGAUAUCUUAUUGGUACUGUCGUCUCCCUGUGUCUGAGCGUAGCGAGCUAUGCUAAUGCUAGCGCAGAUCAGUUCCUUAACCCCAAGACUAACAAACGCACCGACGCCUACGGUGGCUCCGCCGCGCGCCGCGCUAAAUUUGUCCUCGACAUCAUCGCGGCUGUGCGCGCGGUCGUGCCCGCGCGCUUUGCUGUCGGCAUCAAGCUUAACUCGGCUGACCACAGCGCCGACAGCUUCGAGGAUACCAUAGCGCAAAUCGGGCUGCUGAUCGAGGCCGGGAUCGACUUUCUCGAGGUCAGCGGCGGCUCCUACGAAGACCCAAAGAUGAUGGGCCUGGACGAACCGAAGUCCGCGCGCACCGCCGCGCGCGAGGCUUUCUUUCUCGAGUUCGCGACCGCCGUGCGCCAGCGGUAUCCUGCGCUGGUGCUUAUGCUGACGGGCGGGUUCCGCACGCGCGCCGGCGCGCAGGCGGCCAUCGCGCAGGGAGCGUGCGAUCUGAUCGGUAUUGGGCGGCCGGCGGCAGUGGACCCGGCGUUUGCGCGGCUGCUACUGGACGAGAGUGUGGCCGACGAGGAGGCGCGGCUGGUGCUGAAUAAGGUGCCAGCGCCGUGGUAUAUGAAGCUUGUGCCUGUGCGGGCGGUGGGGGCUGGACUCGAGAGCUCGUAUUAUGCGGAGCAGAUCCAGCGGAUUGCCCAGGGGGUAAAGACGGUUGCCCCUGUUUGA